AUGACAACAGUAAAAUGUUUACAUGAAGAUUUACUUUAUACAAUUCUAUCUAAAUGUUCAUCAUCAAUAGAUAUGUGGCAUUUUCUUCAAGCACUUGAUUAUGAAUUACCAAGAAUGAUUCAUUUACGUGCAUUUUGGAGUCAUAUUCGAUUAUCAUCAUUACAUAAUAAAAAUAUUUUAUUAUCGUUUGUUAAAGAAAUUGCUAAAUAUUGUAUAGAUCUUCGUAUUGAUAAUCUUAAUUGGAUGAUUGUAGUUGAUAUACGUCGUUUACUUACAAAUUUUCGUUCAUUAAUUUGUUUUCAUACAGGAAAUGUUGCAUUAUCAAAAAGUACAUUAAUUAAUGAUAUUAAAAUAUUUUUUCCUUUUUUAAAAUAUAUUACUUUAUUAAUAUCACUUGAUAGUUCACAAAUAUCAUCUUUAUCUACUGAUCAAUGUUCAAUUACUGAUGAUACAUUUACAGAAAUAUGUAUAUCAUUAAAUGAAAUGAAUCAACUUGAACAUAUAUCAUUAGUAUUACAAGAUAAAAAAAGUGCUUAUCUUUCUGAUGUAAGUGCAAAAAUAUAUUUUCAUUUAGUAUGUGAAUAUAUAUCUAAUAUGACAAAUCAUUAUAAACUUAUAUCCAUUGAAGAAAAUGGAUAUGAAAUUAAAAAUCGAUUUUUUUCAUUAGAUACUACUAAUAGACAAUCAUUGGGAUUAAUAAAUUUAUCUUUAAUAUCAACAUUAAAUCAUUUAAUAGUUUCUUUUCGACCGAUGUUAAAUAUAAAUUUAACAUUAAAUAUAAAAGAUUCAAUGAUAAAUAAAUUACAACUUCAAACUUUAGUAUUACCAUGUAUACCAUCGACAUUAAAUUCAAUUGAUAUUCUUGAUCUUAAUCAAUUAAAAAUACUUGAUAUUGGUUAUGUAAAUGUAAAUGAUAAAAUAGAAUUAACACGACUUGAUGAAAUUCUUAUUUGUCAUCGUCAGAAUUCUCUUCGAAAUUUAACUCUUAGUUUAAAUGAAUGGCAAUCAGCAAAACUUGUCAUCAUAUGGAAAAAAGAAAAUAAUAGUAAACAAAUAACAACUUCAACAAAACAAUUUAAUUCUGUAUUUGAAAAUUGUUUUGAUCAAAUCAUGACAGAAGAAGAAGAUGAAGAAGAAGAAGAAGAAAUGAAAAAACCGAUUGUGUUAAAUUCAUCUUCAGAUGUCGAACAGACAUUACCAAAUAUAAUUGAUGAAUUUUCUCUUGAAUUUAUUGAUGAUAGUCAAUCAUGUUUUUUCCAUAUACCUCUCAAAUAUUUCUGGUUAAAUAAAUUAACUAAUCUAAAUUUAACUGGUAUUCAUUGUCAUUCAAUUGAUUUUAAAUAUAUAUUCAAUUCAUUAUAUUUACUUCGAUCAUUAAGUCUUUCACCUUGUUUAUUACUAUAUAUUAAUCAAUUUGAAUGUUAUUGUCAAAUAAAAUCAUCUUCUAUUCCAUAUGAAAUUCAUUCAUUAAAUAAAAAUCUUCUUUCACUUAAUCUUAUUUCACAUAUAUCUAAUAUGAAACAAACAUGUUCAAUAUUUCUUGAUCAAUAUAAAUUUCAUUGUAUUCGUCAUUCAUCAAUUCAUCAAUAUUUAAAUAAUAAUAAUGAAUUAUUAUUUCAAUAUAAAAAUUUAAUUCAUUAUUCAAUUCAAACUAUAAUACAAACAUUAGAUUUACAUCAUUUAAGUAUACGUAUACCAAAUUAUGAAUUUUAUAUUGAUGAUUUUAAUAUAGAAAAAAUAAAUUAUUUACAAACAUUAAUAUUUGAUAUUAAAAUUCCAAUGACAUUUCAUGCAAAAUUAACAAAUCUUUAUUCAAAAAAUAUUUUUCAUUAUUUACGUCGAUUUAUUCUUAUUAGUAAUAAUAAUUUUCAAUUAACACCAUUACUUAUUGAUAAAUUUUGUCAACUUGAAAUAAUUGAAAUAAUAUCAAUUAAUUCUCAUCUUAAUCGUUCAACAAUAAAUUAUCUUCAACAAGUACUUAAACCAAAUAAUUAUCCAAAUUUAAAUUUAUUUCGUUUUUGGAUUGGUAGUGUUGAUGCUAAACAUUUAUUAAAACAUUUACAUAAAACUAUACGAUUAGCAUUUGAAAAUAUAAAACCAGCUUUUCAAUUUGAUAUUUCUAUUAUUAAUCAAUUAUCAACAAUAAAUGAACUAUCAAAAUGUAUUUUAUAUGAUAAUACACAUGAAAUUCAUCAAUAUUUUCAUUCAUUAUUAUCAAUUCAUAGUAAUCAAUUAUCAAUAAUUUAUCCGAAUUUUUUAAAUUAUAAACCAUUGUAUAGUGAACAAAAAUUUGAUAAAUAA